CUCGAUCAGUCAGUUACGGCGAAUCGACUGCGGUGAUAGCAUACAUCCAGCUUGAUCAGUAUUGUUUUGCAUGUUUUUUUUUAAAGUCUCAGCUAUGGAUAACACCAACUAAUCAUAUCGAAGAUUCGAAGUGUAGUGAAUAGGAUAAUUGAAUAAAAUUUUAACGGUGGUGUAUUUUGAUCGAAAAAAAAUUUGACGACCAGUGAUUUAACAAUUGGAAAAUGUCAGCUUCGGUGGCACCAGCAGAUCAGUUAACGGCGAAUGCUAAUAUUGCUUCGCCGAUGAAUGUGUUUUAUUUUCUAUUAGUUCCGGCUUUGUUACUUUGGCUGAUUUACUGGCGUUUGUCCCGGCGGCAUAUGUUGCAACUCGCCGAAAAAAUACCAGGACCACCGGGACUACCAAUCGUUGGAAAUGCAUUGGAAUUAAUCGGAAGUUCACAUUCUGUGUUCCGAAAUGUCAUUGAAAAAGGCAAAGAUUUCAACCAGGUUAUUAAAAUCUGGAUUGGACCAAAGUUAAUCGUUUUCUUAGUGGAUCCAAGAGACGUCGAGCUCUUACUCAGCAGUCAUGUAUACAUUGAUAAAUCACCUGAAUAUCGUUUCUUCAAACCAUGGCUCGGCAAUGGAUUAUUGAUCAGCACAGGGCACAAAUGGCGUCAACAUCGUAAACUGAUUGCACCUACGUUCCAUCUAAAUGUGCUUAAAAGUUUCAUUGAUUUGUUCAACGAAAAUUCUCGUUUAGUGGUGGACAAGAUGCGUAAAGAAGCCGGUAAAACAUUCGAUUGCCACGACUACAUGAGUGAAUGCACAGUAGAAAUACUGUUGGAAACUGCUAUGGGUGUUUCGAAAAAGACACAGGACCAAUCUGGAUUCGACUAUGCAAUGGCCGUCAUGAAAAUGUGUGAUAUUCUACAUCUACGUCAUCGAAAAAUGUGGCUUUACCCGGACCUUUUCUUUAAUAUGUCACAGUAUGCUAAACGACAAGUUAAAUUACUCGAUACCAUUCACAGUCUGACGCGUAAAGUCAUUCGAAACAAGAAAGCUGCUUUCGAAACAGGAUCACGUGGCUCGUUGGCUACAACGUCGAUUAAAACGGAAGAUUACGAGAAGCCAAAAAAUACCGUAAAUUUCAAUACUAUUGAAGGGCUUUCCUUUGGACAGUCUGCUAAUUUAAAGGAUGAUUUAGACGUCGAAGAAAAUGACGUAGGAGAGAAAAAAAGGUUAGCGUUCCUUGAUCUACUUCUAGAAAGUGCUGAAAAUGGAGCAUUGAUUUCAGAUGAAGAGAUCAAAAAUCAAGUUGAUACUAUUAUGUUUGAAGGACACGAUACUACAGCUGCUGGUAGCAGCUUCUUCCUUUCGAUGAUGGGCAUUCAUCAGCACAUUCAGGAUAAGGUAAUCCAAGAAUUGGAUGCUAUAUUUGGUGACUCAGAUCGUCCAGCUACUUUCCAAGAUACAUUGGAAAUGAAAUAUCUUGAACGUUGCUUGAUGGAAACAUUACGAAUGUAUCCUCCGGUCCCAAUUAUUGCUCGGUCUCUCAAACAAGAUCUUAAGCUGGCCUCCAACGGUUUAGUGGUCCCAUCAGGAGCAACUAUCGUUGUAGCUACCUAUAAAUUACACAGAUUAGAAUCAAUCUAUCCGAACCCAAACACGUUUGAUCCAGACAAUUUCCUGCCAGAAAGACAAGCUAAUCGCCACUACUACGCAUUUGUUCCAUUUUCUGCUGGCCCAAGAAGUUGUGUUGGUCGAAAAUAUGCUAUGUUGAAGUUGAAGGUAAUUCUCUCGACUAUUCUCCGUAAUUUCCGUGUCAUCUCUGACUUGAAAGAAGAAGAUUUCAAACUGCAAGCGGAUAUCAUCUUGAAACGAGAAGAAGGAUUCCAAGUCCGUUUGCAGCCACGUGAACGCAAGCAGAAAACUACACUAGCCUGAUGAAGCCAUGAAGAAAAAGUGCAGCCUAAAAGUGAACUUAAAAUUCAGGAUUACACCUGGAAUAUUUAUAGUUACGAAUAUAUAAAAAAUCUCAGAAGAAUCUGAAUAAAAAACCAAUACAAUAUUUAAGAACUCGAAUUAUGUGCAAAGCAUAGUUUUAAAAGUAAGGGGAAUACAACUUAGACUUUUGCAUAAAAUUUGUAUGUGUGUGAUGAAAUACCAAUGGAUAUAAUAAAUUAACAAACCGGUUGAUUACACAUUGUUGUGUAUA